GCUGCAGAGGAACCCGCCCACCCAGGGCCACCGACCCCACCCCCUGCCUUGAAAUUUAAAGGAGGCCAGAGCUGUGCAGGGAGAUUGGAGCUGAGGUCCUGCAAGAUCCCCGGGCUGCAGAGAAAGCCUCUCCGAAGGAAGGAAGGAAGGAAGGAAGGAGCGCGAAUUUAAGGGACGCUCCGAAGAAAUGAAGAACAAAAUGAAGAGGGAGCUGCUGUGUCUGCUGCUGCUUUGUGGAGCACUCUUCAUUUUGCCCAGCCAGGAAACGCACACGCACACGCUAUUCAGAAGAGGAGCCAGAUCUUACAGAGUGACCUGCAGGGAUGAAAAAACACAGAUGACCUACCGGCAACACGAGUCGUGGCUGCGCCCCAUGCUCAGGGGCAACCGGGUUGAAUACUGCUGGUGCGACAGUGGCCGGCCGCAGUGCCACUCGGUGCCCGUCAAAGGUUGCAGCGAACCACGGUGCUUCAAUGGGGGGACGUGUUGGCAGGCUCUGUAUUUCUCAGAUUUUGUCUGCCAGUGCCCUGAAGGAUUUGUUGGGAAACGCUGUGAAAUAGAUGCCAGUGCCACAUGCUACGAGGACCAGGGUGUCACCUAUAGGGGCACGUGGAGCACAGCAGAGAGUGGGUCCGAGUGUGUCAACUGGAACAGCAGUGUACUGGCCCUGAAGCCCUACAAUGGGCGGAGACCAGAUGCCAUCAGGCUGGGCCUUGGGAACCACAAUUACUGCAGAAAUCCAGACCAAGACUCGAAGCCCUGGUGCUACGUCUUCAAGGCGGGGAAGUACAGCUCCGAGCCGUGCAGCACACCCAGCUGCUCCAAGGAAAAAAAUGGGGACUGCUACACUGGAAGAGGAUUGGCAUACCGCGGCACCCACAGCCUCACCACGUCUGGUUCCUCCUGCCUCCAGUGGAAUUCCAUGACCCUGAUAGGCAAGGUUUAUACAGCGUGGAUGACCAACGCCCAGGCACUGGGCCUGGGCAAGCACAAUUACUGCCGGAAUCCAGAUGGGGAUGCCAAGCCUUGGUGCCAUGUGCUGAAGGACCGCAAGUUGACGUGGGAAUACUGUGACGUACCCCAGUGCUCCACCUGUGGCCUGAGACAGUACACGCAGCCUCAGUUUCGGAUUAAAGGAGGACUCUACGCGGACAUUGCCUCUCAUCCGUGGCAGGCCGCCAUCUUUGCCAAGAACAGGAAGACACCAGGAGAGAGGUUUUUGUGUGGGGGAAUACUGAUCAGUUCUUGCUGGCUCCUGUCUGCUGCCCACUGCUUCCAGGAGAGGUUUCCUCCCCAUCACCUUAAGGUGGUCUUGGGCAGAACAUACCGAUUGGUCCCUGGAGAGGAGGAGCAGAAGUUUGAAGUAGAAAAGUACAUCGUCCAUCAGGAAUUUGAUGAUGACACUUACGACAAUGACAUUGCACUGCUGCAGCUGAAGUCGGAUUCCAUGCAGUGUGCCCAGGAGAGCGACACUGUCCGCACCGUCUGCCUCCCUGAAGCCGACCUGCAGCUGCCCGACUGGACGGAAUGUGAGCUGUCUGGCUACGGCAAGCACGAGGCGACCUCUCCUUUCUAUUCUGAGCGGCUGAAGGAGGCGCACGUCAGACUGUACCCGGCCAGCCGCUGCACGUCGCAGUACUUGUCUAACAGGACCAUCACGGACAACAUGCUGUGUGCUGGGGACACACGGACUGGAGGGAACCAGGCGAACCUGCAUGACGCCUGCCAGGGUGACUCAGGAGGCCCCUUGGUGUGUAUGCAGGACAACCACAUGACUUUGGUCGGCAUCAUCAGUUGGGGCCUUGGCUGUGGGAGGAAAGAUGUUCCGGGUGUAUACACCAAGGUCACUAAUUACCUAGCCUGGAUUCAAGACAACAUGCGGCCAUGACCAAGAACAGCCCAUUCCCUGAAAUCACAGGAGACCCUACUUCUUCCACUUCAGAAGGCACCCCACGGCGGUGCUUCCUUACCCAGAUUUCUCCAUGAGCCAUCACACAGGACAAGUGAGGGGAGAACUGGCAGAAGAGAAAGGAUAUAUUUUCAUGGGUACUUCCCCAUUUGGAAGUUUUCAGGGAUUCAGGUCUGAUGUCAGAAUGUAUUCUGUCAGACCAGAAGACAGAUCAAGGCCAGCCCCUCCUGGAUACCACCAUCUAGGGCAGAAGAGAGGUAGACAAGCCCAGCCUCCAAUCUGUCAACGUGAGCAGCUCUGAAAUGGGACCACAAAGAUGCAAGUGUGUCUUAAUAGGAACAAGUGACCUGGUCCUUCGGGGAAGAAGGAUUGCAUUAGAAAUAGAAUGUCUGUUUAUAGGCGCAAGGAAGCCCAACGGGGGCCUCCUAAGAAGGGAUGGGCUGGCUGGCCAGACCGUGUUCCUUAAAGCCAUCCUUGCAAUCGUUUGGCUUUCCCCUUUCUCCACCUUACAGCUCUUGGAAAGGAAUCCUUUGUGUACAGUAUAAAUCUUUUCUCUUUACAGACUUUAUAACAGAACAGGAGACUUGUAUCAUUUUCCUAACUGAUAAACUAGGCUUUAGCAUAUUUAUAUCAAUCCAUCUUAGUUUUUAUGUUUUGUUGCCACAAUCCUGUAUUAUACUGUACUGAAAUAAUAAACUCAGAUGUAUUUUUCACACAUUUCCCAA